AUGGCUGGCCACAUCCAGCCCACCCACACCAAUGCCCCUGGUCACCUCUACUGGUGGCACUACUCACAGGACCCUCCUGAGAGAGCCUCUGAGCAAAGCAACAGGCAUGAGUGGCAGGUGCAGCAGCCCAAGGGCCCCGUGCUGGUGGCAGAAGGUGAGAUGCUCCUACUGAGGUGUACUUUAGUCGGCUCCUGCCUUGAUGACAUGAUAAAAUGGGUCAAGGCGAGCAAUCAGGACCAGCAGGAAAUUUAUAACUUCAAACACAGCAUCUUCCCCGGGGUGACGCCCCUGAUCCAGAGGACGUUGGAGCCACUUAAUUGUGACUAUUCCAUCUAUAUCCACAUUGUCACCAGGGAGCAUGCUGGAACCUACCACUCUGUGAGGUUUGACGGCUUGAGUGAGCACUCAGAAAACAAGCUGGAUGAGGGCACCUCAUGCUUAUGAAGGGUGACUGGGGACUCAGAGCCAGACCUCUGGAUCAUCCAGCCCCAGGAGCUGGUGCUGACGACCACCGGAGACACUGUCUUCCUGAACUGCACAGUGCUUGGAGAUGGUCCCCCCAGACCCAUAAGGUGGUUUUGGGGGGCUGGUCUGAGCUGGGAGGCCAUUUACAACUUUGAAGGCAUCUCCCACCCCAACGUGACAGCAGUCCGGGCCUCCAACAGCGAUUUUAGCAUUCUUCUGCGAGGCGUCUCCACUGAGUAUGCAGGCACUUACUACUGCGUAAAGUUUCAGAGAAAACUCAACAGGCAAUACCUGUCCAUACAGGGCACCAGGCUGAGAGUGAAAGCAAAGCCCACUUCUCCCCAAGAGACAGAGUUCAUCAAUGAACGUGCAGCCAGGAUAUUUCCAUCAGGCCUCCUGUCUGUGCUCAAACUUGUGGUCCUGGGGCUGAAGGCAGUGACCUUGGCUGCACUCCUGCUGGCCCUGGCUGUCCGCUGGAGGAGCUCUCAGCAAGAAGACUUCAAGACCCCAGGCCCAGCAGAGCUGUGCUCAUCUUAGCACGGGGCAUGGGGCAUGGGUGAGGGGCCAGCCCCAGAGUGGGUCCUCUGAGUUGGAGAGGGGCCAGGGCUCCCCAGCCAUUUCUCUGCCUCCAAUCCCAGCCUCCAGAUACCCCCAGGCCUCACGACGACCUCCGGGAUCCCUGCGCCUGUGUUCGGUUUGCCUAGUGAAGUUCCCCACUUGGCACCAUGCUCCCCUCUGGUGUGUCUUCUUCUCUUUGUCCUUCAAGGCCUUUCCCGGUCUCUCCUCAAGCCCUUUGCCCCUGCUGCAGCCCCUUCUGGCGUGCCUGCCCCCUU